AUGACGACCACUUCGGAUCGGGAUUACUUUUUCCAGACCACUGCUGCACUUGACGAGCAGCAACGAAAGGCGGUCAAAUCCAAGAACACCCUUGGAAACCCAAUCAAAUUAGAGAGCAAAAUUCUCGCAGUGAUCGCGGAUUCUAGGAACCCAGGAUCAGUCUACGUCGCCCAAAGCAACGGCAUCGUACGGAGAGUUGUUCUUGAGACUGGUCAAACUACAGCCCUCUACAAGGGGCCUGAAGCUCCAUUGACCAGUCUUUGCCUCAGCCCAGAUGGAAGGUUCCUGUUUGCCGGAUGCUGGGAUAAAACAAUCUGGAGCUGGGAUGUGGUGUCCCGGCAGCCGCACCGAAGGUACGAAGGACACAGUGACUUUGUCAAGGCGGUAAUCACUGUGCAAAUGAAUGGACAGAGUCUCCUAGUCUCAGGAGGAGCAGAUGCAAAGGUUCUCACUUUUAGUAUCGAGAACGGGGAGCGAAUCAAAACUUUCAAGGGCCAUCUUCGGGGUAUCUUGGACCUUGCCAUUGACCCCGAGACAGAAGCAAAAGAGGUUGCAGUGUUCAGUGCGGGAAGUGAUCGAGAGAUUCGUCAAUUCGUGCUGGUGGGCGAAGAGAGCGUGUCUGAGCCACUGUUGCCACAUGAAACCAGUGUGAACAAACUCUACUUUGACGCAGACGGCGACAUGUGGACGGCAUCCGCUGACAAGACCGUGAAAUGUCUGGUCCGAGCAGAUGGAUGGAAGGCAAAUCUGACCCUUGAGCAUCCGGAUUUUGUUCGAGAUGUCCUCGUGUACGAGAACGGGGGGUGGGUAGUCACUGCUUGCCGAGACGAGCACGUCCGCGUGUGGAAUCGAUCUACGGGUCAACUUCAUCACACGUUUUCUGGCCACUUUGAGGAAGUCACUGGCCUCGCCUUGGUUGGGUCGACUGUUGUCAGUGUGGGUAUUGAUGGUACCAUCCGGCAAUGGUCUGUUCGACCCGACGAGCUCCAAAAGGCAGUUGACCUUGCCAAAAAGGGGCCCAUUGAAGAGAAGAAGCCGGAAACCGAAACCAUGCUUACCGAAGAAGAGGAACGGGAGCUAGCUGAGCUGAUGGAGGAGUGA